GAACUCGGCCUAGAUGAUGGAGGACCUUUCCCCUGCUAUAACCGCUAUUAAAGCCAUGCAAUUUGCGGCUGAAGACAUUUUCGCAUCUUUUCAUAUGUCCCGAGAAGACGUCUUAGCAAUUAUUCCCCAACAUGACGACGAAAGCAACACAAUAGAGAAGUUCACCAAGCAUUAUAUUCCAAAGGAAUUUCAUUUUAGACAUCAUCUCGAAGAUGUGCUACCAGAGGAAUUCAGUUGUGACGAGGAAACACUCUGCGCCGAGACUUUCUACCAUGCUUUGUUGGACUUCCUCUCCAUACUGAAAGCGCAUGUGUGCAUUAUCUUACAACUCGAAGGUGAGCACAACAACGCUGGCGACCUCCACCACCAGAAGAUGCAGCGUUUUUACAAUGACGCCAUACCUGGUCUCGAAAAUGGCCUGGAACGAUUUAGGAAUGAUCGCAAUCUUAACAAAUACACGGCUCCACAGCACACUGUUCAUGAACUCCCCGAUAAUCACGAAGUGAAAAAGGCCUACUACAUUGCAAUUAUUUGGCACUUAAAGGCAGACACGAAUGAAAUGUUCAAUCUUUAUCAGAAACUGUAGACAAUGUAGCCCAGUUAUUGCUGUGGCCCAUGUCGGUCUACAUACAUGCAGUUUUAUUGCACGACUGGGAUUGAAAGACGUUAGGAUGGUGUACCAGGUCGGAAGACAUUUAGUCACAUUCUAGAAGCCAAUCACGAACCACAGACUUCGUCACAUUCAUUGCGGCCAUCUGGAGACACAGCCACAUUUAGUGACGCCAUAAAUAAAUAAAAUAGGCACUACCACAAUCAGUGAGGGAGAUCAUCACAGAAACAUAGCACUGUCAUGUGGCAUAUGCCAUCAUGACAACUGCCUGCAGGAUUCACCAGAGGUCAAUCCAGGCUGAGACAUAAAAUUCCAACCCCAAUGCUGCCAGAGUUUGCACAUUUUUGGAAACAACGAUCUUCAUACUGAUGCAAUGUUUGAGUUGAUGAAAAAAAUAUGUCAACGUAAGUUUAUCAAGUUUAUUGCAGGAAA